AUGGCAUUAAAGGAGCUGAAAACACUUAUGGACGCACCUAAACCUUGGCCCCGUGCACGUCCUGUACAACAGAAGACCAAACUCACCAUCGAGGAUGAUGGCGAGAUUGCAGAAGGCACCAUUGAGAGCAAGGACAAUGAAAUGAUGGAUGUUGCUACAGAUGAUAACAAUGGCAAUGAGGACUUCAUUGAGAGUGAUGAUGAAAGCAUAGAAGUGCGGCCAAGGAAGAAGUGUGUCCAGAAGAUGGCUCAUCGUAAGGCUAUCCAGGAUGUGAGAAGCAUUAAUAAUAAAGGUGGUGUUAAUCACAACGAGUCAUCACAAGAUUCUGAACUUCGAAUCACAUCAGAUCGUGAUCACACAAUUGUGGCACGUGGUGACCCAAAAGGCAAGAAGGUUGCAGAUAUCAGUGCAAUCAAGGACGACUUUGCAGGGAUGGGAAAAACCAAGGACUGGGCUGAGAAACUUGUGGCAAGCAAGUUGCUCAGGCCUCAAAACCUUCAAGCAGUUUCUCGAGUGUCCUCAGUAACUACCUCGACAGCUGUUUUGGCAAUCUCCAAGGUGACCAGUACCAGUGCUCAUCCUGGACCUCCCCCUACUCCAACAACUAAUGGGCAAGGCAAUCUUCAAGAGCCUACCACAGUCUUUUUGGAUAGUGAUGAUUCCCUCGAGCGUGAGGCGGCCUUCACCGCUACCAAAAAACCUGGUGGCAGAAGCACAACUUCUGCAGAUAUAACGGAAGUCCGGGAUAGUUUGUUAUCUCCACCUCCUCCAGUCAGACACCUAGCAACAAAGAAAAGGACAAAGUCCUUGUCUUUGCCACCUCCUUCUACGCAGCCAUCAAGAGCUACUGCCAGACUUGACACCACCCUCAUUUCCAGUUUGUUGACGGACAUCGAUUCUGGCGACAGCAGCCCCAGUGAGGACAUAAUAUUGCCUUCUUCCCCUGCGGCAGUUAAAAACAACAAAUGUCUGACAACUUCGGGUGUUUCGUCACACCGCGAUGGAAGUGGCACCAAUCACUGGUACCAGAAUGACGAUCUUCCCGAUGGAUGCCAAGACGGUAAUGCCUGGCAUCACGUGUUCAUACUGAGUGUGGCACACUGGGCCGGUGGAGAUGUUGAGCCAUGGGGUCCUGACAAUAGUGAUUUGAGGGAGACUAUGCAAGAGAUAUGGGACCAUAUAUACUGGAGUAGGAUUCAGCAUGAGAUCUCCCGAUCCGGCACUGUCAUGAAAGUCGCAAAACAACGCCUCAUGGAAUGGCGUGGAGGGUUCGGUGUUGCAGCUUGCUCCAUCCUCACUGCAUUUUUUGCACAGGAUGCUGAUUUUUUAGAUUCUGUCGCUCGCAUGGACUUCUCAAAAGCUAUGCUCAAACAAAACCGGUUUAUUUUCAGGGAUAAUUCAGGUCUCAUUCCCAAGAAUUGGAUGGGUAUGUGGAGAUCUCCUUUCAUACUUCAAACAUCCGUGUCGCAUCUCAAUUUCACCUUUGGCUGUGUUGAAAUCCCCACCCUGGACACCAAGAACUCUAGUGCACGGGCUGCCUUUGCCCUCGCUGUCACAGCCCUUUCCCGCGCAACGCGCGCCAUGCGCGCACCAUUCCCGCGCUUCGCAAUGUAUACGCGCGCGCGCGUUCCCGCGCUUGCGCGCCCUAUGGCGCCAGCCAUCCAGAAGCAUCCAUCCACUGUCCACCAAGCUCCCUACAAACGCAAAGGUGCGAAGACAGAUGACGGUGAUGUUUGGAUGCCCGUCAUUGCAAAGGGCAAGCAGUAUUCUUUUAGUAAACCAAUCUGGGGGGGCAUGACCCUCAAGUUCAUGGGUCCCAUUUCGGCGCUUUCUGACAAUGACUUUGCAAGCAUUGUGGAGGAAGCUCAACAGUAUGCCAAGAACUCGAAAAAUGUUGGGAACUCGAGGACUACUACCAGUGUCACACCUGACAAGGACGACAUAUUUGCUGACCUUUUUGCUUUCCGCUAA